ACUCAGUUUCAGUACGCGAUUCAAUCCGCUCACGUCAACACAGCACGCUUAAAAUGAAGUCCGCUAUUAUUUGCGUGUUCUUCAUCGCGACUGCAACGUGGGCUCAGGAUACAAAGCCAGAAGUUCCCAUCUAUCCACCUCCGCCUUCUAUAACAAGGACGACCACAGAAGCACCUGUAACGAACACUUUAACAGAGGAGCCAACAGAAGAGUCCUUGACAACUACAACAACUGAGACCACAACUACAGCAGUAGAACCCUCCACAACUACAACGACAGAAACCACCACAGCUUCCACAACACAAGGGGAUCCAAUAUAUCCGACUUACGGACCUCCCUACGUGCGACCCUCGACCUCAGGGAUACCUUCAUAUUCUCCCACAAACCCCUGGAUCUGGAACAAUGGCAAUCCGGCAGUAAAAUGUUAUCUGCGAAAUCAGCAGGAGUACAGAAGUAAUUGUUAUGGAGUGGGUUGGCAUCCGAUGACAAUUUGUUACCGCUGCUGCUACUACGAUUAUAACAGAAUCGCCGGAUGCAGUAAAGUUCACCGAGGACGCUGUUCGUGGUAUGAUUAUGCUCGAUGGAUAUCUCCGAAUUUAUAUGUGUAUUAAAUAAUAACUUUAGAAGUUGUCCUAACAUUGAAAUUAAAUAUAAACUGUACAUUUCUCUAAUAAAAGAAUUGUUAUGCAUCAGUUGUCGAACAAAUAAAAGGUUUUAAUA